UGUGAACGCUACUUGUGGGCCUUUGACUUCAACUCUCUAUCUCUCUUUAAGUGCCUUUCACGCGCCACCCUUUUCCCUCUCUUUUCCUUCCUUCUCCCUUCCUUUCUACUCCCCUUCUCCAACACCCUUUCAUUCAUUUCCCUCUUUUCUUAGGGUUUCUCCUUUUCCGUUUCCUUCUGCACUCCCUCUCUGAAUUCCAUGUGCCAGGGGUUAUUGCUCUCCCAUGGCUGAGACCACAAACUACAUUCCCAACCCCCAAUUAGAGCUUGAAGAGAUACUGCAAGAAGCAGAACAUCGAUGGCUUCGACCUGCUGAAAUAUGUGAGAUACUUCGCAAUUAUAAGAAGUUCAAUUUGACACCCGAUCCUCCAGUUAGGCCUCCAGCUGGGUCACUAUUCUUGUUUGAUCGAAAAGCACUUCGUUACUUUCGCAAGGAUGGUCACCGGUGGAGGAAGAAAAAAGAUGGGAAGACUGUAAGAGAAGCUCAUGAAAAGUUGAAGGCUGGUAGUGUGGAUGUCUUGCAUUGUUACUAUGCUCAUGGUGAGGAUAAUGAGAACUUCCAACGGAGAAGUUAUUGGAUGCUUGAUGAGCUGUUAGAGCACAUUGUGCUUGUGCAUUAUCGAGAAAUUAAAGAGGGCUGCAAGUCUGGCAUCCCACAUUUGCCUGUAGUUCCAGUAACCCUGGUUGAUUCAGUGCCUUCCUCUUCCAAAAUAAACUCAUCAAUAUCUGUAGUUCAAACAUCUUUCACAUCGAAUGCAAAUAGAGUUGAUCAGAAUAGACAAGCUUCAGAGUAUGAGGAUGUCAAUUCACAGAAUGGUCCUCAAGUCUCCUCUCAUGCUCAGCCUAUCAGCAAUUCUGUACCUUGGCUUACACAUGAAGCCAUAGGGUUUUCUGAGUUGUUGAGGAAGCCCUUGAUUUCAUCAUGGCCAUCUUCUUCCCCUAGCUAUUCUCCUGGUACUGGGUUGUCUCCCUGUACCUUGAUUCAGAACUCUAGCAGAAACACUAUUAAUAUGCAUGAUAAAAAACAUCAUGUUGAAGGCUCUGAAGCUGACUUCGCUGUUCAUAAGAUAAGAAAUGCUGGGUUAGAUCCUGUCUGCAGAAUGCAAGAUGGUGUAAUUUUCCGAGAUAGGCUCAUUGCUGACAUGUUCAUCCAGCCAGAUAAAGAAGAUUUGCUGACUGUUAAUCAGAUGCAAAACGAGAGUGGACAAGAUUCUUUUCAUUCUCAAUUGCAUGAUCAUAAUAAUCAUCCAAUUGCUGCAACUACUACAAUCCUGGCUGAACAAAAGGUUCAAGUUGGUGAUUCAGAAAAUGGCGAGUCAGAACAAAUAGAAUAUGGGGAAAUGAAGAAACUUGAUAGUUUUGGAAGGUGGAUGAAUAAGGAGAUAGGUGGAGACUGUGACAAUUCCUUGAUGGCUUCAGAUUCUGGUAAUUAUUGGAGUACACUUGAUGCUCAAAAUGAGGAUAAGGAGGUAUCUAGUUUACACCACAUGCAGUUGGAUAUGGAUUCAUUAGGCCCUUCUCUUUCCCAAGAACAACUAUUUAGUAUCCAUGAUUUUUCUCCAGAUUGGGCAUAUACUGGGGUUAGAACAAAGGUUUUAAUAGUUGGCACAUUUCUGGGGAGUAAAAAGCUCUCUAGUGAGACCAAAUGGGGAUGUAUGUUUGGCAAAAUUGAGGUUUCUGCUGAAGUUUUGGCUGAUAAUGUUAUACGUUGUCAAACUCCUCUGCAUUCACCUGGCCGAGUACCAUUCUAUGUUACCUGCAGUAAUAGGUUAGCCUGCAGCGAGGUCAGGGAAUUUGAAUUUGAUGAAAAUCCAGCCAAAUUUUUAGGUCCUGUGGGUAUUAAAAUCUCACCAGAAGAUGAGGUACGGCUUCAAAUGCGACUUCUUAAACUAGUAGACUUGGGACCUGACCAUAAGUGGUGGAAAUGCUCUGUUUCUGAAUGUGAAAAAUGUAAACUCAGGGGAAUAAUUUAUUCCAUGAGAGAUGAUAGUGGAGUAUUUGAAGAAAGUUUCCAGAUUGAUGGGAAUGGUCAUAUGAACCCUAGAGGUGUAUUAUUUCAGAGAUUAAUGAGAGACAAGCUUUAUGAGUGGUUAAUAUGUAAGAUUCAUGAAGGAGGAAAAGGACCACAUGUGUUGGAUGAUAAAGGCCAAGGAGUAAUACAUUUGGCAGCUGCACUUGGUUAUGUGUGGGCUAUGGCACCAUUAGUUACUGUUGGUAUCAGUCCUAACUUCAGAGACACUCGGGGAAGAACAGGACUUCACUGGGCAUCAUAUUUUGGGAGAGAAGAAACUGUUAUUGUGUUAGUCAAAUUAGGUGCAGCCCCAGGUGCUGUUGAGGAUCCAACAUCAGCUUUUCCUCAAGGAAAGACGCCAGCAGAUUUAGCUUCAAGUAGAGGACAUAAAGGCAUUGCUGCAUACUUGGCCGAGGCUGAUCUGACUAAUCAAUUAUCUGUGUUGACUGUCAAGGAUAUUGAGACUGGCAACAUUGCCACAACCUUGGCAGCUGACAGUGUUUAUCAGUCUGCUGAAGAUGACCCAUCUAAUAUGACAAUGGAUGAGCAAUGUUAUCUCAAAGAAUCACUUACAGUGUUUAGAAAAUCAGCCCAUGCAGCUGCUUCAAUCCUAGCUGCCUUUAGAGCUAGGUCAUUCUGUCAGAGGCAAUUAGCUAAAAGUAGCAGUGAUAUUUCUGAAGCAGUACUUGACGUAGUUGCUGAUUCUUUGAGCAAGGUGCAGAAGAUGGGUCACUUUGAGGAUUAUUUACAUUUGGCAGCUUUAAGGAUUCAAAAGAGAUAUCGUGGAUGGAAAGGAAGAAAAGAUUUUUUGAAAAUACGUGACCGCAUUGUAAAAAUUCAGGCUCAUAUCAGAGGACACCAAGUUCGUAAGCAGUACAAAAAAGUUGUUUGGUCUGUUAGCAUUGUGGAAAAGGUGAUAUUGCGUUGGAGACGGAAAGGAGCUGGUCUGCGAGGGUUCCGGGCUGAGCAGCCAGUUGGUGUUGUAGCUAAAGAUUCUGAGAAAAGUGACGAGUAUGAAUUUCUUAGCAUUGGAAGGAGACAGAAAACAGAUGGUGUAAAGAAAGCUCUGGAUAGAAUCAAGUCCAUGGUUCGUAACCCAGAAGCAAGGGAUCAGUAUAUGAGGCUCAUCAUGAAGUAUCAGAAGUUUAAGGUUGAUGAUGGCGAAAGCUGUCAAUCGCAGAAUGAGGUUAGACUCUAAAGGAAGAAAAGAGGAAAACUGGCUCUCUAUGUUUAUACUAAAAUCUUACAGGUAUACCUUUUGUUAUUUUUAUAUAAAUAAAUAACAUCUAACGUAGUUUCUAGUUUAUAUGGAUGCUCUAUUAAUUUGAAGGGUAGAAGAAAAUUCAGAAGAAAAAAAAAGGAAGGGAGGAAUGUAUAUGCCUUUUAAUUCUCCUCUAUCAGUGUGAAUAGAAGUCGGUUAGUUGAUAUAAUGCAUAUUGUAUAGUCUUAUUGAAAUAUGCGGAUUUUCGCAAUAGUUAUAACUUAUUUAUAUUUUGCAAGUUGUAUGCAACUGCAAUUUACUUUCA